AUGCCUACACGGUUCACGAAGACUCGCAAGCACCGCGGCCACGUCUCUGCCGGCCAUGGACGUGUAGGCAAGCACCGCAAGCAUCCCGGAGGUCGUGGUCUCGCUGGUGGUCAGCACCACCACCGAACCAACUUCGAUAAGUACCAUCCUGGUUACUUUGGUAAGGUUGGUAUGCGCCGAUUCCACCUUACGCGCAACCUUCAAUGGUGCCCGAUUAUCAACGUCGACAAACUCUGGGCACUUGUGCCCGCGGAGGAGAAGGAGGGUCUGACGGAGAGCUCGGAUGUCGUCCCUGUGAUCGACGUUCUCCACCACGGCUACGGCAAGGUGUUGGGCAACGGACAGCUGCCCAAGCUCCCGUUCAUCGUGAAGGCACGCUACGUCUCGAAGAAGGCCGAGGCAAAAAUCAAGGAGGCCGGUGGUGUUGUUACAUUGGUUGCAUGA